ACGAGAGACGCUCUCGCCCCAUGGUGCGCUCCUUCGACACGCGCCACACACUUUUCUCUCUCUCUCUCUCUCUUCAUUUAUAUUUUUUUUCCCGCCCGCCGUCGCGCGCGAGCCGCUCGGCUGGAAAAAUCCAAAAGUUUUUUCGACCGCCACUCGGAGUGAGAGUUAUUCCACGCGUCGGAGCACAUCCCUCUUGGAAUAAAAACCACUCGGCUCCUUCUCAGCGCCUUUAUUUGCCCAUUCGUCUCUGUGCUGAAUCUCGCCGUUGAGUGAGCCCGAUCGUCGCGGACUUCGUUUUUACGCUUUCGAGUUGCCAGCGCGCGCGAUCGAUCGCGGAGCUGAAAAAAUGAAAUAAGACCCAUCGGCUCGAGAAAAACGGCAGGAAAAUCGAACUGAAGAGAGCGAAGAGCGAGAUGCAGGGGCUCGCGAAGCGCUCGAGUCGACGGAACCGGGGGGCAUAAGUAUCGACGGAAACGGGAAAAGAUUUGCUUCGGAAUAAUCGACGGAAAUAAUGGGGCGUUAUGAUAAUCGGGGCGGCCAAUUGCGGGGCACGGGACAGCUGGACAAGGAGCCGAGUCCCGAGGAGGCCGAAGGGGCAAGAAAAAUGUGAGUAAACCUGCGCGCGAUUCCAAAUCCCAGGAGCAAAGGAAAGAAACGAAAAGCGAAAGUCUUUUGCUCCCUCGUGUCGAAGUGCGCGUCGCACGCGCGAUUUAUCGGCCUCGGUAAACGCGUCGUUGGAGCAUCCAGCACCGAAAAUUGAUCGCCCCGUCGUCCGCGAGCCUGCUGCUGAUCCACCCGCACCGGAGUCACCACUCCGGAAUCGCUCUUUCGGCCACCAACAUGGGGAAUGGCAUGAACAAGGUUCUUCCGGGACUCUACGUGGGCAAUUAUCGAGACAGCAAAGAUCCCGUUCAACUGGAACGUUUCGAGAUAACUCACAUCCUUGCCAUCCACGAUGCGGCUCGGCAGCUCCACCCUGACAAGCACUACUUGUGCAUCUUGGCUGCUGACACCCCGGAUCAAAAUCUCUCGCAAUAUUUUUCGCUGUGCAACGAUUUCAUUCACGCAGCUCGAUUGCGAGGCGGCAACGUGUUGAUCCACUGUUUGGCAGGCAUGUCGAGGAGCGUGACAGUCGCAGUUGCUUAUAUCAUGAGCAUCACGAAUCUCUCGUGGAAAGAAGCACUCAAAGUAGUGAGAGUGGGUCGUGCCGUCGCAAAUCCUAACGUUGGUUUUCAGCGUCAACUCGAGGACUUUGAGUCGAGUCGUUUGCAAGAGGAAAGAAGGCGACUGAGAGAACGCUUUCCCAGCCUUGCUCUCACCGUCAAUGACGCCGAGGCCUGCAGAGCCAAUCUCAGCAAUUACGAGACUCUCGCUAACGCUCGUGAAGUUUGCGAAGGAAAAUGCGCCAUGGGAAGGCCCUGCCCGACCGGGCUCUGCCGGCAGCGCUCCAAGAGGACACUGAGGCGAAAAUCGUCGACGAGCAGUACCGGAAGUCUUGGAUCCGCUCGAACGCCACCGCAAACUCCGAGGCUUUUGCCAUCAGCUCCACCGUCACCAGCGCUGCCGAGGUCGGCGAGCGUCAUGUCAGCAACGGCGAGACCCCGCAGUGGACCUGCAGGAUUAUUAUCGUACACAGGAUCAGCUCCACCCUCUCGAGCCGUGUCCAGGGUGGAUUUAUCGUCGGCAGUGGCGUGCAGCAGCAGCAGUACAAAUCUCUUUUCGUCGGGUAGAACGAAUUCCAUAACAUCAGGUAGCAACUGGCGUUUAUCGUCGGCGAGUUCAGCGCCUGAUACGCCGAGCAAGACGCCGCCGGUGUCGCCGAUGCACAUGGCGCGGCGGAGCUCGGCUCGCCGAGUAGUGGAAUCGCCGUCCUCAACGCCGCCGGAUUCGCCCAAGUUUUUGACGAGGCGCGGUGGCCUGACGAGGCGAACGACUUGAUCGCCACCGGCGACUCCACCCGAGUCGCCAUCGGACUCGUUCUCCAGAGCAGGAUCGUCCAGCUGUCAGUCCUCUUACUGUCCUCGCGCGUCGUCGUACGCUCGAGUCGUCGGCGAAGGAUCGGCGCGACGUUCGGCGGCCUUUUCCUCGAUAACUCUUUUCGAGUCCAAGUCGUUGGAUUCGUCGAUCAACUACUUUCCUCGGGAGGCGAGGGACGCCUUCGUCGGCGGCAAACGAUUGCCUUUGAUCGAAGCAACGUCCACGUCCUAUCUGACCGGUCAUCGCGGCCAGUGCAGGCCGAACACGUCGCAGCAAUGGUACGCGUCGGAUCGCUUCAACAGCCCGGUCAGUCCUGCGACCAGGACUCCGCCCCUGAAUAUUAAUCAUCGAUAAAUUCGGCUCCCCUUCUCUGUGAUUUUUUUCCUCCUUUUCUCAUGCGUCCAUCCACGGUCUUGCGUUGCGUUCAAAGCGCUCGCCAAGUCGAGCGCUCGCGGUCUGACAAUUCUUUGUUCACAGUUAUUCGACAACCGUUUCUGCAGCAGGGACCGAUCCAGCGCGUCCGUGCAGCGUUCCCGGCUAAUUACGUGUCUUUAUCUUUCGCCACUGCAAUUGAGAGUUCACGGAGCAACAAAUAACGCGUUUCCGGCUUAUAAACUCGAGACAUAGGAAAUAAAUAUAUUGAACAAUGUGCGCUUUUAUGCGCGCGCCCCUUAACAACUUUGCUAGUACAAGUGAAUAUUUCGCGAUGAAAGAUGAAAAAAACACAUGAAUUUUCAAUGCGACGCUCGCGAUAUCGUUAAAUUUACAGAAAUUAGGGUAGCCCGAUAAUUUUUUGACGAUUCUACGUCGGGAUUUUAUCACAAAUGAAAGAAACAGCUGACGCGGGGUGCGGGUUUGUUGAAUAAAUUACUUGUCUCCUCUCACCUUCGAAAAACAUUUUGUAUAUUUUUAAACAAAAGGUUUUACUACUAUUUCCACAGUAUUGAUAUACCGCGAACGAAGAAAAUUAACGAGCGAUUGAAAAUACGCAGCGAACGUUGUCUCUUAUCGCCGAUUUCAAUGUCUGCUGCUGCCACGUAAAUGGUAUUCUUUGAGGACCCACUUCCGUGAGCUGUUUCUUUCCUCGUACAGUCGAGCCAUCCUCGACGCCCAAUGGAUAAAGUUAUUUUUUUGCAUUAUUAUACUCAAGUAGAUGAAUUAUUAACGAGAAUAAAACAUUGUUGAGAGGAAUUUUUUGAAGAUUGUAUGUCUGUUGGCAAGACACAAGUAUAUGAAGAGCGAAAGGACAGAACGGAAUGGGGUUGACGAUAUCACUGUAUAAGUACCUUAACGUACAUUGUUGUUGUUUAAAUGCACAUAAGCACAGGAGAGUUAUGUAUAUACAUAUAUUUAUAUACAGGCGAAGAUAUGUGCAGGCUGUUCGACGAGCGAUGCUUCAAAAUGUGAACUCGAGGGGAGGACCAGAAUUCGAGUGGUGAAGUUUCAUAACGUUUCUGCCAAGCUCCUCUUUUGGUGCGCAUAGCGUCCAAGGCAUUGGAGAUAGAGCAAAAGUUCGCAUAACCAAUGUUGUGGGCUAUGAAGAUGUCGAAAAAAAAGUUGCAGGUGGCACUUUUCUAUCUUCAGUAAUCAACUCGUGAGAGCGGACCGAAAAAAUAUCGCCGAAAGGAUCGCUUCUACGUUUCGGUGUACGAGAUUUAAUCUGCUCCCAGGGCCAAACUACCGGCGAUGGAAAUAUGCCGCCGGGGACUUUUUUUUAGAUAAUUUCAUGCCCUGCAAGAAUGGUUCUGCGAAGUUUUGCUCUAUCUCGAACCGUUUCGUCGGUACGCCCGAUGAAAGACUCGGAGCGCAGUCCCGCAGUCGAGUUGACACUUUCCACCUUCGUUCGCGUGACGCAACUUGCAUGCGACAUAAAUAUUUGAGAAUCUGCGUUGAACGCACCGGGGCUAGACCUUGGAUUUAUGAAGUUUGUGAUGAAAUGAUCUUGCACUCGUUAUUAAAAUGAAAAUAAUUAUUAAAAACAAUAAUAAUAACGAUACAUGAAGAAAUAAAAAUGAAAUGCAAAAUUUCUAAUUCGUUAGUCGAUCACGUCCUAAUGAAAUCAAUGACGACCGAACAUAAUAUAUAUAUGCUUAAAUAUAUAAAUAUAUAUUACAACGAUAUGGUCCAUCCGACGCUAAAGUAUUAUUUAUACGCAUUCGUGAUACACUGACAAUCUCAAUGGGAAAACAAGAUUAAAGCAAAAUGUCCACUCCAUCGCAUUGAAAGAAAAUUCAACUUUACGUUAUCCAUUUGCGAGUUCAAAAUACUCUCGUAGACUCGCGCGGCCAUAUUAGGACGUGAUCCCUGGAAAAAAAAUCUCACGAAUAACAUUAAUAUCACGAUGAUUAGAUAAAGCGUUUGCGAGAAUAAACUCAUACAUAAAUAUAUAUAUAUAUUGUAAAUGACAUAAUUACAGCGCUCGAAAUCUGUCAAUGCUCUAAUUUUGUACGAAAAAAAAAAAAAAAAAAAAAAAAAAAAAAAAAAACCAGAACAACAUUCUAUUUAUGAGAGUUGAACGUUUGAGGGGUGUGAAAUUUGUUGAGAAUUGUUGUUGAUGAAUCGACGAAAUGGAAGAAGUAAUAAUUUGUAAACCGUGCGAAGCAAACGCGAGUCAAUGUUUCACUCGACUCGAGAAAAUCGGUUGUAAAAAAUGGAGUUUUUCAUAUUUUGUUUUUUCUCUCCCUUAGAGCUAAUUGAAAAUGAAAAUUUCCUGAAUAAGAGACGCCAAAAGGAAGCGAGACACCGGAGCAGUGUUUCAGCCUUUUUUCACUGUUGAGAAUUUUGAUUUGUUUUUGUUUAUUGACAUUGACGUAGAACGCUAUGAGGUGUAUUGUGGGUAGCCACGUUUUUAUAUUCCUCGGGUGAAUAAUCCUGCGGUUAAAAAAUCUUUUACGAGUGAUAAGAUCGGAGCUUUAGAGUGAUUAUUGAAAAUUGUAAAAAGACGAGAGAGGAAAUAACGAGACCAUAGGCUAUUUCUAAACUAGAAAUACAACUUCGAGGAUGCUAGGAUCGCGAAUGUAAACUGACGUCGCGAAAUUGACGGGUGAACUUCGAACAUAGCGAAAGGAAACCGAGAAAUAAUAAUCUCGCUGCAAAAUAAGGAGUCAGCGAGAACGAGGAUAAAUGCAUUCAUAUAAAUGCGCCUAGAAUCACGAUGCGUGAAAAAUUUUUACAAAAAAAAACGCCAAACUUCGUAGCUCGAGCUCUGUCGCGCUAUCGAAAUUUUCCAUUCAAUAUUGUAUAUGAAAAAUCGAGACAAAUGCGCGCAAUCGUUUGUGUUGGACGACGCGAAUAAAUAACUUAAGGCGGAACAAGAAAUAACGAGGAAGGAACAAGAGAGCCUAAAAGCUGAGAAUUAGGCAACAUCUCGUGGCUGUGCACUGUGAUUUCAAAAAACAAUAUCUCUGUAUCGCAACUUAUCUCAAUGACGUAGGAAUUAGUAAAGUUGGUCGAAACGAAUUUCGUUUAAUUGUGUCCUCGUGUAGGCUAAAAUGCGAAAUUAUUUCGGCAAAAUUCAUUUCAAAUGAAAAUAAUUCUGAAAAGCUUUUUUUCUAUAAAAAUUUUUUGAAAAUAUUUUAUUGCAACAUCUCAACCAAAUACUCUUGAACGAAUAGAAUUAAUUAGACAUUUUUUGGGUUUCGUUACACGAACCGAGUUGAUUAUUUUUGUACAUGCAUAUGGAAAUUUGCGAAUGUUUCUAAAACGUUUCGAGGAACAGAAUUGAAUUACAUUUAACUCUGAAAUUAAUUGAAUUUGAAAACCAGAUCCAAAGAACAAUAAAUGGGUAUAAAAACUGCUCUGAUGACGUAACGAAUAAUUCGACAAAGAAACCAAGAAAAUUCGUUCAUUCAACGUUGCAAAUUCCUACGUGAUGUACCUCGAAAUUGAUUUUUCGUUAUUUCGUAACCCAACAGAGAAUGAAUGGAGCGAGAGUGAAUAAGCUGAAUGUCUCCUUUUCUCAUCUCAAUCUCAUCUUUUUGGUGUCAUGAAAAAACCAUGUUUAUUAUAAGUCGCGUGAUAUGAGGGGGAGACUAUCGACCAGCACGUUGAAAGGGGGUGACAAAUUCGAACCGAUGUCAAAUUUGCAUCGUUGGAAUGCAACGAGAUUACUCUUCGUGAUUUCAUCAAGCUAAUUCGAUCAUAAUGGGACAUUUGACAGAUCUUUAAAAACUCUCGUUUCGAUCCAACGGUACAGACUUUUACAAUAACAAUAAUGUAAUGAAACAUCGUCACAUUAUUACGUUUGCCCAAUGGACGAAGGCCACGAUACACCAAUUAUUAGUUACGUGUGUGCGAUUGGCGGUAUUUUUGAUACAUCUGAAUAGUAAUCUGUGAUGUGUGUGAGUGUGCGAAUCACCACUGCGAGUCAUAUCAUAAUUCAUCAUUUUUCAUUUAGAAUAGAAUUGCAAAGCGAGAUAAAACAAAAAACGAUAAGAAUCCUAAUCAUUUCUAUUAACAUAUCAAGAAUUCUAUUCUCGAUGUCCAAUUUUGAGCUCGGUAGGUGCUAAACUGAGAUAACUAAAGUAGAUAUUGAAUGAAUAAUAACAAAAAAAAGGCAAAACGAUCUUCAAGAUUCUCGUGCAAGUAUAAGAUAUGCGUGUAAUUUAUGUAGAUACACCGUGAAAGAAACGCACAAGCACAAAUACAGGCAGCAGUUUUCUUCUCAGAACGAUUCAUAGGAAAAUGUGAAAACAGCUUUGAGCACUAAUCAAAUUGAGGAAAACCUCGGCCGGACUUUUAAUUAAUCGGGUUUUUUUUUCAAUUAUUUUUACUUCACGUAAUUAACAGGGAACUAAAAAAAAAUCAAGAACUGCGCCCAUGAAGUGUAUUCCGGUUCGCUUAAUUUUUAGUCGUUAGAAAAAGAGAUUUUUUCAACAUUUUUGUACAUGAUAUUUACAAAAAUUAACAUUGUUUCUAUUACUCAAAUAUUUUUCAGAAUAAUCCCUUAUGCAGAAUAAUUUUAUUAAUUUAUUCGAUUUUUAUUUGAAUCUAAUGUUAAUUCGAAAAUGGAAUGCUUUCCAGUUUGAUCAAUUCUUGAAAUUUUAUCCAAGCAUUUGCGGACUAAUAAAGUUCUUGAAAAUCGAUUUACCGAUGGAUUCAAUUUUCAUUUGCAUCAGGUAUUUGACAGAAUAUUCAACGUUUUCGAGUUCGAUUGAAUCUCAACAUUGUUGUCGGAUGUUCAAUUGAAAAGUUGACACUCUAAAAUUUUAUUAACGAAUGCUCAUCGUUGUAAUUGUCCAUCAUCGAUAAGCUCUUAAUCAUGCUCACAGAAUGUGUGGAAAACACUGACUGGCAAAGAUAAAAAAAGUGGGACCGUUCGCUAAUUUUUUUCAAGUGAACGGCUUAUUCGUUCGAAAAUAUACUAUUGUGGCUACUUUUAAAUGAUUCAAUGUUUAAAUGAAGUUUCGUCAAAAUUGAGAGAAAUUUUGACAUUUUUAAAGUUUUACUCACGACUCUCAGGAACAGAGAAUUCAUUUUCCUUCAUUUUCAAAGUGGAUGUGUUUUUGUGAAGAUGUUGGGAAUUUUUUAAACGGAAUAUAAAGUUCAUUGGUCCCUUGAGUGUCAAUUUUUUAUGGAAACUCGAUUCGACCUCAAAAUUUCGUAUUAAAAAUGAAAAAGGUAUAAACAUUGAUUGUAAUACUAAAUAUCCUGUGAAAAGUGCUCAAUGCUGUAGUUACUUAAUAAAAUAAUAUCUAUACGGAAAUGCUAGACACUUAAGAAGCCUGCAUCGUUCCGUGCCGCCUCGCUAAUAAGCUCAAUCGCUCGCUGGCUCUCGAGUUGUUUAUUUUCGUCGAACGAAGAGCAAUAAAAAUGAUGCAAAUACCAAGUUGGUUGAACCAAAAAAAGUGGAGAUCGGUAUGUUAGCGCAAAAAUAAAAUCGUUGCCCGACUCUGGAACGGUUGGAUGAUGAAUAAAAGAUAUAAAAAAUUUGUUCCUCUAAA